AUGCCCGUGUACAAAUACAAUGAGAAAUGGUUCAAUUCGUCAAAAGAAUUAGUAAGUUUUAAGUAAUUAAUUAAAUAAUUAUAAGUAUUAUAUUUCAGUUAGAAGCUAUGAUGAAGGAUGGAAUUGUAAAAGAAGUAAAUUAUUCGGAAAUCUCAAUUUUGAAGGAAUAUAAUGCGCGCGAAUUUUUAAGAAUGGCAUUGGAGCAUAUAAAUGAUGAAACACCUCCGAAUCUCUCUGAAGCAAGUUUUAAACUACGGUUGGCAGUUGUGAAUACUGUGCAGCUUUUCUAUCUGAAUUUAUCAAAUAUUUAUUUGGCAUCACAUCGCGCGUUGUCAUUUUUCUAUGAUAUUGCAAUCAACAAAAUGACGGAGAUUCCUUUGGCGAUUCGACUUGAAAGGGCGUGGAGUUGCGCUGAAAAGUGAGUCAAAAAAUCAAUGCGCCUUUAAUUUACAUCGAAAAAUGGGUCAAAAAGAGAGUUAGAACAAAUUUAAAGACGAAUUCGCUUUAUUUCUGCAAUUUUGAAGAGGAAAACGCGUUUUUCUGCUGAAAAUCACUUAAAAAUCGAUCAACGAGAGGCGCAGAGAAAUUUGGGACUGCUUAUUUAUCUCUCUGCAUGCUUAUCAACGAGAGACGCAGAGAAGCAGAGCAAUUUGGGACUGCUUAUUCAUCUCUCUGCAUGCUAAUCAACGAGAGACGCAGAGAAACAGAGAAAUUUGGGACUGCUUAUUUUUGGGACUGCUUAUUUAUCUCUCUGCAUGCUAAUCAACGAGAGACGCAGAGAAGCAGAGAAAUUUGGGACUGCUUAUUUUUUUGGGACUGCUUAUUUAUCUCUCUGCAUGCUAAUUAACGAGAGACGCAGAAAAACAGAGAAAUUUGGGACUGCUUAUUUUUGGGACUGCUUAUUUUUGGGACUGCUUAUUUUUGGGACUGCUUAUUUUUGGGACUGCUUAUUCAUCUCUCUGCAUGCUAAUCAACGAGAGACGCAGAGAAGCAGAGAAAUUUGGGACUGCUCAUUUUUUGGGACUGCUUAUUUAUCUCUCUGCAUUCUAAUCAACGAGAGACGCAGAGAAGCAGAGAAAUUUGGGACUGCUUAUUUUUUGGGACUGCUUAUUCAUCUCUCUGCAUGCUAAUCAACGAGAGACGCAGAGAAGCAGAGAAAUUUGGGACUGCUUAUUUUUUGGGACUGCUUAUUUAUCUCUCUGCAUGCUAAUCAACGAGAGACGCAGAGAAGCAGAGAAAUUUGGGACUGCUUAUUUUUUGGGACUGUGUUACGUUGUCCAAGUUUAUCGAACUUGGAUUUCGUUGGUUGACAAGGAUUUAAGUGGAUAAAAACCACUUUAAUAAACGGAAAAAUAUAACAAGAGAUGGAAUUAUAAUCGAUUUAUUGAUCAUAAUCCAUUUUAUAACAAGAUGGGGACGGUUUAAGACCGUCCAGAGACAAACAAACUACAAAAACCUUCAAAACAAGGAAAAACACCAAACUCUCUUCGAAAACUUGAAAAAGAAAGUAAAAACCGAAGAGGCGCACCACAAACGCGUCAGUGUUUUGACGUUGGCGUGUUUGUGUGCACUCGCGGCUAUUUGAAAAAGGAUUUUAAUCACACGACUGUGACUUCCCCCUCCUUUAACAAAAAGCCGUCCCGGCUUUUGCCUUAAAACUGAAGAGUUGGUAAACAUGGGCAUGGGGAUAACACAAUAAACAAAUUUUACUUAUUUUUGUCUUCUUGUUAGCCAGUCACCAAACAUUUUUGAUGCUGCGCUCCGUCCCAUCCCAUCUCAAUCUCAAUCCACUACACAUCAUAUAACCACUUCCAACCUCAUAUUUCCACUUUGAACAUCUCAAAUCCAUCAAUUAUCAACCUCUCACAUCAUCCAAAUUUCUUCAAAUAUCCAUCAAAUACUUUCAACUUUCUAUCCGCCUCAUAUUUCCAGCGGCAUAAGCAUAUGCGCCAUUUUCCACCAAUUUUCACGUGCUCUGGUUCCCGAUGCCUGGCUCGAACAUCCACCUUCUUUUCGCACUUUCCGGCCAGUUUCUUCUGCUACUUCUCUCAACUAUCACCAAAUUUCAACUCAUCGAAACACCAUCACCCAGUGUCCACUUUGGCGCCAAAUAUCCUAACUUGACGUUCGAAUCAUUUCCAUUCUUUCGGAGUCGCCUUUCUGGACCUUUUGUGCAGGAUUUCCUAUCCCUCUACUCGCACUCAUUCCUCGAUCACUCUCGACCAGCUUCUCCUUCUCUUCUUCCGACUUUCAUCCUGAAAUUCUCUAACAACCCAUUUUUCCUUGAAUUUUCCACCCAAAAUCAUACCAAUUGCUUCCGACAAUCUUCUGACAACACUAUAACGGCCCAAACAGAAUCUCGGUCUUCUUUUGGUCUCAUCAUCUCUUUCUGGAAUCACCAAUAACCCAUCUGUUCUUCUCAUGACCAUGCUUCAUCGGAUUCUCCAUCUUCCACAAUUUUCUGACUUCGGAUUUCCAGAUUCCUUCAUUUGUCAGCUCUCAUAACCAAUCAUUGUCACAAAUAUCAAGCCAUAUCUCCAUCGUUUGCUUCCUGCCACCAAUUUGUUGUUUUCGCCAUCCAAAUCAUCGUUCACCCAUCUGCUUCCUCAGUACCUCACCCUAUCCGGGGUGAAAAUACCACUAGGAAGACAAGACACUGCUAAACGACAACCUGGACAGGUCGGUUCAAUCCGUUCGGCCCCCAUGUUACGUUGUCCAAGUUUAUCGAACUUGGAUUUCGUUGGUUGACAAGGAUUUAAGUGGAUAAAAACCACUUUAAUAAACGGAAAAAUAUAACAAGAGAUGGAAUUAUAAUCGAUUUAUUGAUCAUAAUCCAUUUUAUAACAAGAUGGGGACGGUUUAAGACCGUCCAGAGACAAACAAACUACAAAAACCUUCAAAACAAGGAAAAACACCAAACUCUCUUCGAAAACUUGAAAAAGAAAGUAAAAACCGAAGAGGCGCACCACAAACGCGUCAGUGUUUUGACGUUGGCGUGUUUGUGUGCACUCGCGGCUAUUUGAAAAAGGAUUUUAAUCACACGACUGUGACUACUGCUUAUUCAUCUCUCUGCAUGCUAAUCAACGAGAGACGCAGAGAAGCAGAGAAAUUUGGGACUGCUUAUUUUUUGGGACUGCUUAUUUAUCUCUCUGCAUGCUAAUCAACGAGAGACGCAGAGAAGCAGAGAAAUUUGGGACUGCUCAUUUUUUGGGACUGCUUAUUUAUCUCUCUGCAUUCUAAUCAACGAGAGACGCAGAGAAGCAGAGAAAUUUGGGACUGCUUAUUUUUGGGACUGCUUAUUCAUCUCUCUGCAUGCUAAUCAACGAGAGACGCAGAGAAGCAGAGAAAUUUGGGACUGCUUAUUUUUUGGGACUGCUUAUUUAUCUCUCUGCAUGCUAAUCAACGAGAGACGCAGAGAAGCAGAGAAAUUUGGGACUGCUUAUUUUUUGGGACUGCUUAUUUAUCUCUCUGCAUUCUAAUCAACGAGAGACGCAGAGAAGCAGAGAAAUUUGGGACUGCUUAUUUUUUGGGACUGCUUAUUCAUCUCUCUGCAUGCUAAUCAACGAGAGACGCAGAGAAGCAGAGAAAUUUGGGACUGCUUAUUUUUUGGGACUGCUUAUUCAUCUCUCUGCAUGCUAAUCAACGAGAGACGCAGAGAAGCAGAGAAAUUUGGGACUGCUUAUUUUUUGGGACUGCUUAUUUAUCUCUCUGCAUGCUAAUCAACGAGAGACGCAAAGAUGCAGAGAAAUUUUUCAUGUUUUUUUCAGAUUACGUCACUCUUCGGCUUGCUCAAUCGAUGAAUUCGGAGAGUUGUAUGAGAAAAUCAAAUUUUUUGCGAUGGAUUUUCCGAAAAUCGAGAUAAAUAUAGAGGUUGAAUCGGAAUUGCUGGAUGACAAAAAUAAUUUCGAAAUUGUUGCAUUUAGUGGUGAAAAGCUACAGUUUGGUGGCAAGGAAUAUUCACCAAAGUACACAAUUUUUUGA